AUGAUGUCAGCUACAGAGAAGCAAAACCAAGCCUGCGUUACAGAAUUCACCCUGCUGGGAUUCAGCAAUUUACCUGACCUUCAGGUUCCUCUCUUCCUGUUCUUCCUGGUGAUCUACCUGGUGACAAUGAUGGGGAACAUUCUCACCCUCAUGUUGGUGAUGGCUGAUCAGCAUCUCCACACCUCAGUGUACUUCUUCCUCAGUAACUUGUCCUUCUUGGAGAAGUGCUCCAGCUCCGCCAUCCUGCCCACGCUGCUGGCCAGCUUCCUGACAGGCAGCAGAAGUAUUUCCUACAGCAGCUGCAUGACACAGUUUUUCAUAUUUGCUCUUCUAGUUGGGGUAGAGUGUUACCUCGUGGCAGUGAUGUCUUAUGAUCGCUAUAUAACAGUAGACAAACCUUUACGAUAGGUCACCCUAAUGUAUCUGAAGCUUUGCUUAGCACUAGCUGCAGGGGCCUGGUACAUGCCGUACAUUGCUGCAGAGUCCCAUUCCUUCUGCUUAUCUGCAUAUGUGUUUUGGGAGCAAUUAGGGAUGCCAGAGGAUGGCUAUUUUUCUAAUGAAGCUUUAAUCUGGGAGGAUACGAUCUGGGUUUUGGACAGGAGAGAACCUAACAUCCCAUAA